GCUUUAAAAUGGGGAACAUGGAUGGAAAGGCCGUGGAGGAACUGGGUGCCACUGAGUGCCACCAGUGGUACAAGAAGUUUAUGACAGAGUGUCCUUCAGGUCAGCUUACCCUACAUGAAUUCAAACAGUUUUUUGGCUUGAAAAACCUCAGCCCAUCGUCAAAUAAGUACAUUGAACAAAUGUUUGAGACAUUUGACUUUAACAAGGAUGGUUAUAUUGAUUUUAUGGAGUAUGUGGCAGCUCUAAGCCUGGUCUUGAAGGGGAAAGUGGAACAGAAGCUAAGGUGGUACUUCAAACUCUAUGAUGUGGAUGGAAAUGGCUGUAUUGACAGAGAUGAGUUACUAAACAUAAUCAAAGCAAUUCGCACUAUUAAUCCAUGUCAAGAAAUAAUGUCAGCUGAAGAUUUCACAAACAUGGUGUUUGAUAAAAUUGAUAUCAAUGGUGACGGCGAGCUGUCUCUGGAGGAGUUCAUGGAGGGUGUCCAGAAAGAUGAGCUUCUACUUGAUAUCCUCACCCGUAGUCUGGACCUGACACACAUUGUGCGAAUGAUCAAGCAUGGAGGAAAAAACCCUGAAGAAGAAGGGGGGUCAGCACAGGCCGCGGAAUAGAUGGGAAAAGA